AUGUGACAAGAUAACAGCCCACGUGACAAAACAGCCUGACAGCACUCGCGAUAGGUGUCAACCAGGUCGUGGUGUAAACAACGACGGUCGACGGUCCUUACAAAAUGUCGGAACAGGCCAAUAAACUUCUGUUGUAUGCUGCUGAGAAAGGCUCGCUUGAAGGCGUGAAGGCAGCUUUGGAAGCUGGUGCGGACAUUGACUUCGACAAGCCGGACACCGAGAUCACCAGCAGUGGCACAGCAUUGUUCAUCGCUUCCCGCUUCGGACAUGUUGACAUCGUGAGACUGCUGCUCCGCAAGGGGGCGUCCGUGGUGAAGAGAUCUAGGGGUUCAUAUGCCCCUCUUCAUAUGGCUGCGACCCAAGGGAAUACAGAAAUAGUGGACUUGCUGGUGCAGCAUGGUGCAACGUUAGACAUACGGGACGGCUUCCAGUACACGCCACUCAUGACCGCGUGCAUCUACAGAAAAGUCGACACAGCUCGGCGACUGAUUGAGCUUGGAGCAAGGCCUGAUUUGACCGACGGUGAUCAUCAGGUAGCCCUGAGAUACUCAGAGAUGGGGGCAGCAUUCGGAAGCCGUGGAAGCAAAGAGUGUUUGAAGCUGAUACAAGAGGCGAUCAAGUCCAAGCUGUUGAGAUGCUGCAACCCUGCAUGUGGCAAACCCGGCUACAGGAAAUCCAUGAAGCUGUGUGGCCGGUGCAAGCUGACCCGCUACUGCAGCCGUGACUGUCAGAUGCAACACUGGUCUGUCGGACACAAGAAGUGCUGUGGGCAUGACGAGUACCCUGACGAGGGACUAGACCCCUUCCAAAAGAUGCUCAAGAAUCUCUCAGUCUGGAAUCUCCUCUGGGAUGUCCUCAUCAGAGCUGGAUACUGGAUUGUCUUCCUCAAACUCAUCAUCAUCAUCAUCGGAGUCGGAGUAGUCCUGGGAGUAGUUUGCAGAGUCUUCUCUUGGGGAAAUUGGACUUGACAUGUUACGACUUCCGUCUGUUUCCUUUGUCUGCUCAACAGUGUUCGUCUGUGUUUGCCUCUCUUCCCUCCCGAUCCUCUACGCUGCUCUCCGAGUCAGAUAUCGACUGAUCUAUAUUGCAUGCACUGACGGAUAUCCAUUCCUCUUUUUUCGGAAUUACGAAUCACUUGAAGUGUGAAAAUAUGAUGAUUCAACAGAUAAUGAAAAGGCUCAUUGUAUUGAUGGCACCAUCUACUUUCUCACCAAUUAACACUCGUCAAGAAUGUAGUAUAAAUAGAAUGUUAUUUUACACGCUCGAUUUGACAAAUGUCCCUCAAGGAAAGGACACAAAGACGCCUAUUUGUAUGAUCUGCUUGCGCAAUUGUCGGUUGUUAGCAUUGGUCAGCCUAGUGCUUCAGCAUUUUUUAUUCUAUUGUGAUACAGUUGUAUUUAAUUUCAAUGUCUACUCGUUGUGUAAAACGCACUCUGUACUCUGUAGUUUUGCUAGUCCUUCAGCUGUACCAUCGCUGGUUACACUAAAAUCCAUGUGGCCAAACCUAUAACGAAAUCAUCACCACUGUGCUAAGAAAUUACUUGAUAUACAUUUUCAA